GUUCACCCGUACGUUUGCAAUUUGUCCGUGUUAUUAGGAACCCUAGGUCUGUGCUUGGCAACCACUCCUAGAUAUGAGGAUAUUAUUAGGUAAAGAUUGAUCGAGAUCGCAACAGCCGAGCCAAGAGCCGAACUCGCAUCUGGCUAGCUAGCACUAGCGCAGGCGAUCAAGGUAAGGAUGCCACGGGAAUUGUCCUCGGACGUGCUCGUGAGCAUCGUCCUGCGGCUCCCUCCGAGCACCCGGCGGCUGACCCGCCUGGUCUGCCGUCACUGGCGCGACGUCGUGGACACGCGCACGGCGGAGAUGCAGAGCCGCGCCAAGCUUCUCGUCGGCACCGGCGAGGGCUCCGCGUACGUCGUCGUGGACGAUCCAUCAAUAUCAGCAGGGAGCCCCGGAAGAUAUCUUUGGAAAAACAACGACGCCAACGCCCGCCCUGGCCCCCGCGAAGGCACGAUGCCGAUGGUCGUCGGCACCUGCAACGGCCUGAUCUGCCUCCGCGACAAGCGGAAGCCCGACGCCGCCAUCACUCUGGUCAACCCGGUCACCGGCGAGAGGCUGUCUAUCCCGCCGCUGCCGUCAACCGCCGGCGUCCCGGAAAGGACCUGCUUAGUAGGCUGGCACGAGGCGUACGGCUUCGGGUACCACCCCACGGCCGGGCGGUACAAGAUCGUGCAUGUGGACGCCUACGCUAAGAGAGGAAACUUGCAGCAGUUGAAGGUCUUCACGUUGGGGGAGUCGUCAUGGCGGGACGUUGCCACGGGCUCUCUCCCGAGAUGCAAUUACAGCGCCGGCAUCGUGGGGGUGGACGGCACCAUGUACUGGGCCGCGAAGAAUGGAAAGAAGCUCAUGGCGUUCGACCUCGACCGCGAGCGCCUCAGCUUCAUCAAGUCGCCACCGGAUGCGCGGUCUGGCGGAUGGCACCUGACGAAGGUGCGGGGGAGGUUGGGGAUCCUGUAUUCUCUCUCACCGGCUGAAAAAUCAUCGGUCUGGGUUCUAGAGGACUCGUUGAGAAUGAAAGAGCACAAGUGGAGCCGGUUGUACAUAGUGGAGUCGGACAUACCACCGUACUCAUCGCCAAUGUCCUGCCAUCUCACUAGGGAUGUCGUGAGUAAACACAAGUUGAGCAACGAUAACGGUGUGGUGGAGAUCCAUGACAAAAGUUGGGGAAGGAUAAUCCUUAGUAGACACACAUUCGUCUAUGUGGAGACAACAGAGCCGCUAUGUGUUUAUAGAUGUUGGUCUUUUUUUUUUCGAUUAUGCAUAGCACGCGUAUCAUUUUAUAAAGAGAGGGAAAGGGCAUACAGAACCCUCCACUGGUGUGACAUUACAUUUUACAUGUUACACCUCGACGCUUAGUCCACUCCACUCCACACUUGUGGUCAACCUUGAUGUUUAUAGGUGUUGGUCUUAGAGGUAGCACCAGUAUUUGCGUAGCACCAGUAUUUGCCUACAUGAGAUUUUUUGCUUCUUUUAAAUGUCAAGAUCUUUUACAGUACUCUCAAUUCAAUAAGCAUGAAUUUGGUUCAGAUA